AUGACAAAUGUGAUUGGUGGUUUAAGUGGGCAAGGUCAUCGAAUUCAACUGACACGAACAGGUGUGGCUACUCAACCAGCCUUUGAACGUCAUUUUGAAGAUCUCUUAACCCAGUAUUCGAUUGUUCAAGUUGUCAACUUAUUAAGCUGUUCAAGAGAGGGUGAAAUUCAACUCAGUCAAGCUUAUAGUGAUAGACAUCAGGCGUACACAAGAGAGACUGUUGGAAUGACACAUUUUGAUUUGCAUCAACGUUCCAAGUUGAACGGAUUAGAAGGUGUAAGACAUCAACUUUUUAAUGAGCAACAUGUUGGUGGGCAAGUCGAUCAGUUCGGAUACUGCUUAGCAGCUUUACAACCAGAUGGUAAACAACCUACCAUCUGCGAAAGCCAGACGGGAGUUUUUAGGACUAAUUGUUUGGAUUGUUGUUCAGGAUAUGUUAUCGAGGACAGCAGUAGAGAAAUUCCUUUCGACCAUUUAUCCACAUCUGCUCCGAUCCGAUUACUUUGUAUGUCAUUUGCCUUACCAACCACAAUACCCAGGAUAACUGAAUCUCGUUUCGCUGGUAGUGGAGCUGCCAUCGAACAUUGUGGGCAGACAAUGGAGAUGCGUUAUCCAAAAUAUAUGCUGGAACUGGAGCUCUGA